UCUAUGGCGAGUAGAAGCCGGAAGCUGGCCUCGUCGCCCCCCCGCCGCUUGUUGUGGAAGCGGCGAACGGAGGGCAGCCGGGCGCCCUCUUCGCAUCCCCCUAAGCGGGGCAGCAGCUCCUUUUGACACUAGAAGAAGAAAAAAGAAGCCCCUGCAAAACGGCUUGAGCGUACAAGGUAAUGGGCUCGGAGAACAGCGCUUUAAAGCGUGAUGCACUGGAAGAGCCGCCGUUCACGCUGCCCUCCGGAGUCAACAUUUACCCAGCAGUGCUUCAGCGUGGCAAACUCGCCUCUGUCUUUGUGUACAAGAGCGAGAACGAAGACAACGUUAACAAAGCUGCCAAGCACCUGAAAACUUUGCGCCACCCUUGCCUCCUGCGCUUCCUCUCUUGCACUGUGGAAAUCGAUGGGAUCCACUUGGUCACAGAGCGUGUGCAGCCCGUGGAGAAGGUCCUGGAGAACCUCUCUUCUUCGGAGAUAUGUGCUGGAAUCUAUGACAUUUUGCAAGCUCUUGUCUUCCUCCAUGAUAGAGGAAACCUAACACACAACAAUGUCUGCCUGUCAUCUGUGUUCGUGAGCGAAGAUGGGCACUGGAAACUAGGCGGCAUGGAAACGGUCUGCAACCAGAAUGAAGCUAUGGCAGAGUUUCUGCAUAGCAUCGAGUCAGUACGAGAGAAGACGGGCGUCCCACCUGAAGAAAUGUGUGCAGAGUUCCAGCGUCUUCCAGAGGGCCAGGGCCAUGCCCGGGACGCCUAUUCAUUUGGGGCAAUGGUCGAAAACCUGUUGACUUUUUUAAAUGAAGAGGUUUCAGAGGAUGUUCUCUUCAGCUUUCAGCAAACUGUGCGCUCUCUUCUGCUAAAUUCAGAUCCGUCGUGCCGGCCACCACUAUCCAGUUUGUUGACCCAUGAAUUCUUCAGGAAUGAUUUCCUGGAAGUUGUGAGCUUUCUGAACACUUUAACACUGAAAACUGAAGAGGAAAAAACUGAAUUUUUCAAAUUUCUGCUGGACAGAGUAGCUGGCUUGUCAGAGAAGCUGAUUGCUUUGCGGCUGGUGCCUCUCUUGCUCAAUCAGCUUGUGUUUGCGGAACCCGUCGCUGUCAAGAGCUUCCUCCCCCACCUCCUGGGGCCAAGGAUAGAUAAAGUAGGUGAGAAUCAAAUCAGCGGCCUGCUUUCUCCAGCGGUCUUCCAGGCACACGUCAGCCCGGUGCUGCUGAAGCUCUUUGAGGUGCAUGAGGAGCACGUGCGGAUAGUGCUGCUGUCUCACCUGAAUGCCUACGCCGAGCUAUUCACUCAGAAAGAGCUGAAAAACAUCAUCUUGCCACAGGUUUUACUGGGGCUGCGUGACACUAGCGACGCUCUGGUAGCUGUAACGCUGCAGAGCUUAGGAGUGCUGGUCUCUCUGCUCGGACCUGACGUUGUCGUAGGGGGUGACAGAACAAAGAUCUUCAAAUGCUCUGCACCGAGCUUCACCAAAACCUCCGACCUUUCCCCUGAAGAAUCUCCCACUCACAUAAUGAGCUGCCAGAGUAAGCAAACCUAUAAGCCCCUGCAGAGUAAUCCUUCAGGCAUCCUCUUCAAGUGCCCCAACUCUGGAAAUAUGUCCUUCAGCAACAAGAACCAUGUGCCAAGGCAAGAUUCUCAUGUGGCCUUAAAGAAAGGGGGACAAGAAGACGCUUCCUGGUCUUUAAAUGGAGUUCCUGCUGGAUUAAACGCAUUGAGGAGCAGUGGUAGCUGCCUGCUGGGAACAGAGAACACAACAGAGGAAUGGCCGGACUGGAGUGAGUGUGAGGAGCCAGAGACUGAGCAAAGCACAGCUGUCAAUCUGGAAAGGCAAGAGCUUCAUGUUGGCGGUGGUCCCUGUCUUUCCAACCAUGAUCUCACAGAUAAGAAAACUUGGGCUGAUGCGGCUCACAACUCUCCCUUAAGCUCCUCAGGAAACAGACCCAAUGACGUUGCAGAGCCUCGGCUCCCUCCCAGUACGCUGGAGUUCAAAACAGAAUUUAGAACUCUGCCUUCGAGUUUUUCCUCUGGGCCUGGCAGCCACAGUCGGGAUGCCCCCAAGGACCCGCAGGACCAAAGCUGCAGGCAGCCCAAGGCGUCACAUCUGGAACGGUCUCCAAAGCAGGAAUGCGGUUUAGGAGAGGAAUUCACGAUCCAGGUGAAGAAGAAAGAGUUGCAUGACCCUGAACUGGACUGGUUUGCUGAUAUGGUGCCAGACAUCAAACCUGCAUCAGCACUCCUGAUUCUGCCAGAGCUCGGGCCCCAUCCUGUUGCUCAGAGCAACUUAGAUGCCGUUUCCAGCAGUGUGGGUGAUUCUCAGAAGGUGCGGUUUUCUUCCAAAUUUGCAGCUGCUGCUGUUACAGAGGUAGACGAUGUUGGCUGGGAAGAAGAGGAGGAGCUAAAGUGGGAAGAUGAAACCAACUGGUAAUACCAGACUUUUGCUUGUGUCGGAGUUUGCCGCUUCUACUGUGCCCUGGACAAUUUUUCCCCCCACAAGCAGCAAAAAACCCCUUCAGAAUACCUUCCCAGGAGGAGCAAGUAUUUACUUUUCAGACCUGCAAGGCGGGCCUGCUGCCCUCGGUGCUAGAAAAACAGCUGUCGGACUGAGGGAAUGCAUUGAAGAUAGAUGGUUUUAUCUUUCUGGAACAGUUAUUUGUGGAGAACACUAGGAAAAAAUAAAUGGAUAACUUAC